GGGAAUAACUUCUAUAAAAAUGUCCUCACCCUCCUGGAAGGGUAGGCUGUGUAACAUGAAGGUAUUCUUUUUAUUUAAUUUUUUCUGUGUCCUAUUGCCUGUUGCUGUAAAUGGGUUGCCUUUUUCAUCUCCUGAGCACAACACAUUGAUGCCAGCGACGGACAAUUCUAAUGUGAAUAUCCCUGAUACUACAUUAGAGACUAAUUCUGAGGGGUUGCUGGAGAUACUUGCAGGUUUAGUAAAAAAAGAUUCGCCUCCAGGUAAUGUGGGACAGCUGACGAAAGGAUUUUCCUCCCUUGAUGUCCCCGCAGAGCUUGUAGGGCCUCUUCCGGAGCACAAGACUUUGAUGCCCGCUAAGGACCAGUCUGAUCUGAACAACCCCGAAGCUACAGAACGGGCCGAUGUGCUGCAACUGGAUAACUUGCAAGAUAAUAGUCUCCUCGAUAAAACAAAAAUAUCCCCGAAGGUUGUGGAGAAAAAGUAUCCUUUUCAACAGGGUUACAAGAUAAAGCCAUUCCACAGUGAAAACGAAGUGUUCGAGGACAAUCUUCAGACUCCUGCUCUCAAAGUUCAUGUCAACCACAAAAUCCCAUCCGGAGUUGACCUAUUGAUAGACCCUACAGGGUUCAAGCCACCUGCGAAAUUAGACAAUACCUUGAGCACUGUUUUCUUGGUUCUUAUUGUAUUAUUGUUUUUAAUCGAUGUUGUGAGGUUCUCCAAGCAUAAAAUAAGAAGAUAUAAUGCUGCCAGGAUGAAGGAAAGAGAGUCGGAUAUUGCUGAACCCCCGCUGACAUUGACGUCCAGAGUUUGGGUGGGCAUCUCCUCACUGUUUGGUCCAAAAGAGGCUGCAUCUCCACCACAGCUGUUUCCGGUUUCUGAUGAUGAUGCAGAGAAGUCAAUCUCCACCACGGGCAACUCUAAUCAUGAAAAGAAAUUCGGAAGGAGAACGUUUAGCUGGAGACUAUGGAGACCGACUCAGCGGAUUGUCCCACAGAACAAUCCGGUGCUCGAUACUGUGCCUUUCAUCGAGGUUCCACUGACCACAAUUCACCCACCCCUGGAAAAAGUUGUAUGUCACCACAUAGUCAACCACCAGACAACUGACAAGCCCUGCUACACAGGGUCGGGACUUCCUGAGGUCAGCAUCAGUUGACUUUGAGGACAUCGGAAACCAAUUAACAUUGAUUGGCCGAAAAUACCUCUUGUGACGUUUUUUCUCAUUUAAUUUGAUCAUAACUUUAGAGUAAUAAAACUUGCAUUCCAAAUGUACAGUAUGUCUGGUAUAGUUUGUCACACAAAUAACUGUCUCUCUAUGCCACUGUGUCGCUUGGCCUUGAGUUCGCUAACAUCCAUGCUAACAGGCCUCAGGCCUUUACUGCCCGUUUGUAUUUAACCUAGCCUGCUGAGUUAACUAUGAAGGUCGCUUGCAUCCAUGAUAAGUGGCGCUAAUGGGUCCGCCAUCUUCCCUGUGACUAAUUUGGAAAAGUCCGGCCAAUUACACAAAAAAAUAGUGGUGUUUUGUGCAGAAACAACUUGCUCCACAAAAAGGACCAAAGAUACGAGGGAGGCUGGAAUCACUUCAUACUCUAAGCAGAGAUGCCCAGACUUCCCUCUCCCCAG